AAAAAAAUUCCAUCUGAAAUUGCUAUAGUUGCCUUUGAAUUCUCUGGAACAUUAAAAGGACAGAAAAGUCGGAAUGGCUACACGUUUGCAGAAUUUGAAACGCAAAUCAGAAGACGAUUCGUCCAGCGAUUCCAGGACUCCCCGAAAGCGUUUCAGGGACAUUCACCUGAAUGAAGAUGUUGAUAGCACAAGCAGCAUUCCAAGCUUGGACAGCGACGAUUCUCUGGAACCACAAGAUUUCGGGUACUGUCCAGAGCUGGGACCCAAUGAUAAUCCCUACUACCUACAAAACAUGAUGCUCUACGAAUUGUACGUCGAGCGUGUCAAGCGCAGAGUACAGUAGACCUUUGAUAAAAUAAGCAAAUGCCAAAUAAGCGAUGCCGAACUUAAGAUCCACUGAUACCAAACUCUCUAGGAAGCGGUUGAGUUAACUUGGAACUUUGAUAUAACUGUGGCCCAAUAAUGUGCAAUAAAACAUUUAGGAAAAUGAACUCAUUACUUAGAAAUACAUUUGUAUACAUUUCUAACUUUACAACUCAAAGGUGACAACAUAUAUAUACCUGAUCUAUUAAACUAGCGUAUUUUUUACCGUGCACCUUUCUGCUCAGACCCCACAAAAUUGAGCUAUGGGCUGACCGGCAGCUUUAUCCUUAAGCCAUGUUAAGGCAGCUUUGUCUGGCUUUCUCUUCCCCUUUUCGUAUCGCAGAUGGAAGGCAAAUUUUCUGCUGCUUGAAAUGCAGGACACAGAAUGCAAUAUAAGCGAUGCUAGAGCCACUGAAUGGGAAAUCAGGAGCAGGAGUAGCACAGUGGUCUAAUCUGAAGAAGAUUUCGAUCCGUUAUUAACGUAAAAUACGGGAAUAAUUAACUCGGAGGAGUGACUACACAUUGAAGAUUACAAAAAU